CUCGGACCUAGCGAUGCGUGGCCAGAUGCGUGGCCAUGAGCAGCAGCGAGGGAUGCAGUCCGAUGGAUGGGGUGGGGUACGGCCUAUCAAUCACCAUGAGAAUACAAGUCUUGAAGCUUUUCAUCCUAGUGGAUUCGCGGCACGGCGUCGUCUAUGUUUGGUCUCGCUCGGGUUCAACCCGAUCGACAUGCUGGUGUGGUCGUUGACGGCAAAACAGGGCUGUCGUCGCCACUGAAACCUCCAACCGAUGCAGAAGUCCUCACGACGACCAAAUACCAUGAGCUCGUUCCACCUGCUCAUGUCUCCGAAGCCAUGCAGCACGCGCAGUCGUCGCAGUUUGCGACGACUCCAGCACCCACGACGCUCGAGCUACCACAGGACAUUGUCCAGGCCAUGAAGGCCAACAAGGCUGCCCCAAAUCGGUACGCCAUGGCUGUUGGGCACCCCAGGGCCAUGCAGCGCAGCACAUCCCGCUACGUCGACACGUACUAUCCGCAGCUCCAUGCCAAUUGAUGCGACAAUUGAUUCCACCAAUCAGCACGUGCCGGGCACUUGAAGUUCUUGAACAAGGCAAGUACGCUUUCUAUUUUAUGACUAGAUUUUUGUAUACAAUAGUAUAAAACGAACCAUUCGAGUGGGUUCUGAAC